GACGGCUACUUUGACUAUAAUAUCGCCAAGUUCAUAGGUCUCGCGACCUAUUCCGGAGCAGAGAUAGGCGAAUGUUUCGAGACCGCCCAUCGUAUCAAGGAUGGCGAUUCAAAGAGUUGGGUCCAAGCCUGGGUCAGCACUGCCCGCCGAGUCGAAGCAUACGGAGAAGAGGCCUUGAAAGGGAACCACAAAGUUAGCGCUAGAGAAGCUUUCCUGCGAGCGACAACAUACUACCAGGCAGCAUUCUUUUUCACGCUCCUCAGCGACCCUCGAAAGCCGGAAAUAUAUCAAAAGCAUACAGGUUGCUUCCAAAAGGCCGGAAAGCUGUUCGAUCCUCCCUUCGAGACUCUGUCAAUUCCCUUCGAGGGUCGCUCUCUGUUCGGUUAUUUCAUACGAGGUGGUUCGGAUUCGAAGCCUCGUCCCACUGUACUCAUACAGAUGGGUGCUGAUAGCAGUUCAGAACAGAUAUAUUUCUCUGGUGGGGGCGCAGCAGCCGUGCGACUAGGCUAUAAUGCACUGAUUUUCGAACGUCCUAGUCAAACCGGCACUUACAUGCGCGACAAUUCUCUCCACUACCGUUACGACUGGGAGGUGCCCGUCACAGCAGUGGUAGAUUAUGCUUUGACCAGACCGGAAGUCGACCCGGCAAGGAUUGCUUUGAUUGCGUAUAGUAUGGGGGGUUACUUUGGCCCACGUGCAGUUGCCUUCGAGAAGCGCAUUGCCGCCUGUGUGGUCAGUGGACUUGUACCUGCCAUAAUGAAUCUAGUUAGUCAUUGGACGUCAGCUUUGACAGCCGCAAAUGGCAAUUACAAUCAUGCUCAGGAAUGGCUGCUCUUUGAGCAUAUGCCUAGAUACGGUCUCGUCAAUGGCAUCCACGAUCUCGACAAACUUCUGAAAAUUUGGGAAUCCAUGAACCUCUACGGUCUGGAGGAUAGGAUCACUUGCCCGCUCUUGGUUGUCCAGGCUGCGGCUGAGGGAGAAGAGAACACUAAGAUCGCGAAAGCUUUCUACGACAAAUUGACGAAUCCAAUGAACAAGUGGAGGCUCACUACCGAGACAGACGGAGCAGAGAUUUACUGCCAGAAGGGUAAUGCAAUGCUCCUACAUGCUAUUGAAUUUGACUGGUUAGACGAUGUCUUGGGUUGA